CUUUCACCAACCACACUACCUUCCAAUUUCCCAUCCUCACUCUCACCAAACCACCCAAUCCCCAUUACCAUUUCUUUAUUUUGAUUUUUUUCUCGUCUUUUCGUCUUCAAUUUGUUCCUCCCGCACCCACCUACUCUAGUCUCUCUAUCGCCGGAAAACGCCACCGUCUCCCUUCAAGGUCCCUCGUCACCGUCCCGCCGCCCGCAGACCAGGAGGGGCGAUCAAGAGGGCUCGCCACGCAGACAUCGACGCCGCCGGUUCUGCCACCUGCGCGUACGCUAGCGGCCUCCGACACCGAUCUCAGAUUAUUUGCUGCUGAGUUGAUUUUUUGUGGCAUCAUCUUGAUUUCUUCCUCUGUUUGGGUUUUAUCAGUUCAUGAUGAAAGAAGAGGUCAUUCUACAGCCUGUCAAUGCUUCAUCGAAUCAUCAUCGAUUCCUAACCAGUCGUCCCAUUUUUCAUACAUAAAAACUUUGGCUUCCUCUCUAUUGUCUCUUUCAUAUAUUUUCUCGGCAGUGGAAAGCAUGGCGAGUGGGGUGGGAAUGAGGAAGAACGAGACAUUGAUAUGUGCUCCGUUAAUGGCGGACACAGUGGAUCAAGUGGUGAAUUUGAUGCACAAAUCAAAGGCAACGGGAGCUGAUAUUGUCGAAAUUAGGUUGGACCACUUGAAGAGCUUCGACCCACAUUCCGAUAUCCAGAAGUUAAUCAAAGAGUGCCCUCUCCCCACUCUCUUCACUUACAGACCUAUUUGGGAAGGUGGUCAGUAUGAUGGCGAUGAAAACACUCGUUUCAAUGCACUUCAACUAUGCAUGAAGUUGGGAGCUGAUCACAUUGACAUUGAACUCAAGGCUGCGCACGAGUUCAACAAGUUUUUGAAUGGAGGCAAGCCAGAAAAGUGCAAAGUUAUAGUUUCGUCGCACAAUUACGAUAGCACUCCUUCAUCUGAAGAACUGGGAAACCUCGUUGCCAGAAUACAAGCAGCUGGUGCUGACAUAGUUAAAUUCGCUACAACAGCAGUAGAUAUCACUGACGUUGCUCGAGUUUUUCAAAUAACAGUUCAUUGUCAAUCUUUUCAGGUACCCAUUAUUGCCAUGGUUAUGGGAGAGAGGGGAUUAAUGUCGAGGAUUCUUUGUCCUAAAUUUGGUGGAUAUCUUACAUUCGGGACUCUCGAAGCAGGAAAGGUGUCUGCUCCUGGACAGCCAACAAUCGAACAGUUGCUUAACUUGUACAAUUUUAGAUUGAUUGAUUCCGAUACAAAGGUAUUUGGGAUAAUUGGCAAGCCAGUCAGUCACAGCAAAUCACCUAAAUUAUACAACAGAGCUUUCAGAGAAGAUGGCUUUAAUGGAGUUUUUUUACAUUUAUUGGUUGAUGACCUUCCAAAAUUCUUCGACACAUAUUCCUCCUCGGAUUUUUCUGGUUUCAGUUGUACCAUUCCUCAUAAGGAAGUGGCUCUUUCGCGUUGUGAUGAAGUUGAUCCCGUAGCAAAGUCAAUAGGGGCGGUUAAUUGCGUCAUCAGACGACCUAAUGACGGAAAGCUCUUCGGCUGCAACACAGACUACAUUGGUGCAAUUUCUGCAAUUGAGGAUGGCCUAAGAGAAAAUGGAGCAAGUGGGCCCGUGUCACCCUUGGCUGGUAAACUGUUUGUAGUAAUUGGUGCAGGUGGUGCAGGCAAAGCACUUGCUUAUGGUGCGAAAGAAAAGGGAGCAAGGGUUGUGAUUGCUAAUCGUACCUAUGAACGAGCUAAAGAACUCGCCGAGAUUAUUGGAGGGCAGGCCUUGUCUCUUGCUGAUCUAGAAAGCUUCCAUCCAGAGAGUGGAAUGAUACUUGCAAAUACAACCUCAAUCGGUAUGCAACCGAAGAUUGAAGAGACACCUGUUCCUCAGGAAGCAUUGAAGCAUUACGAGCUCGUUUUUGACGCUGUCUACACUCCCAAAAUCACUAGACUGUUGGGUGAAGCACAAGAAGUAGGAGCCAAAAUCGUGACAGGUGUCGAAAUGUUCAUUGGACAGGCGUACGAACAAUACGAAAGGUUCACCGGUUUGCCAGCUCCAAAGCAACUAUUUAAGGAAAUCAUGGGAGAUCAUUGAUAAACAAAAGCUUCCUUCAAUCCCCCCGUUGCAAGUUUUUCUUUACGUAGGGCCCACAUGGCAUCGAUUUCGGAUAAAUUAUUCGACACGGGGGAUUAUUUCAAAUAUUUUUGCCUCACGUGAUGUGACUGGUUGAGAGUUGAUUUGUGUCAUUCUCAUUUGUUGUUGUAUGAUUACUCUUUUUUCUUCCUCCCCAAGUGGAUUGUACUUUUUGCAUAAGGGAUUGUACCAUAAGGGAUUAUUCUUUACCGUCUUUUGAAAAAAAACACUUUAUUUUUGGACAAUUGAAGAGAUAUGUAAUAUGUAAUAAAACUCAAGUUAUAUUUGAGUUCAAGAUACUAUGUAGUUGGAAUUGGAAGCAGUUUAUUUAUUCAUGAUAA